AUUAAUAAGAGAAAGGAUACCGAAGCUGGGAUUCUUAUCCUAUUUUCUUGAACCGAGGGAAUCUCCGUUAAUUUUAAUCUGAACCCAAGCAAGAAGGUUCUCUAUGUCUCGAAUAUUCUCUGCAUGGAACAAGAAGAAGCUGCAUCUCAGUUUCUUGCCCAGUUUUUUCUCUUCUAGGCACAGCACCAGUACUCGGCCUUUACGGCCGAGGAUUCUCAGAUUGUACAGUAGCAGCAAUGGGGAGCCACCGCAGGAUUGGCAUCACGACGCUGCCGUGCCUUCGCAAACUCCUUUCAGUGUUAAUUUUGUUCGGGCCGCCGCUGGGCCCCGCCAAGAGAACACUGGGUGGGUCGGAGGCUCCAAUUUGGGUAGGGAUUUUCCGACUCCCAAGGAAAUCUGCAAGGGUCUCGAUAAAUUUGUUAUUGGGCAACACAGGGCCAAGAAGGUGCUCUCUGUAGCGGUUUAUAAUCACUACAAGAGAAUAUUUAACGGGUCAGGGGAAGAUGCGGGAAUCUCCGAAGGAUUGGAUGAUGACGAUAAUGUGGAGCUGGAAAAGAGUAAUGUUCUCUUGAUGGGUCCAACUGGUUCAGGGAAGACAUUACUUGCGAAAACACUGGCUCGUUUUGUGAAUGUUCCCUUUGUCAUUGCUGAUGCAACUACACUAACGCAGGCUGGUUAUGUUGGAGAAGACGUUGAGUCAAUAUUGUAUAAACUACUUGCGGCAGCAGAGUUCAAUGUUCAAGCAGCUCAACAAGGGAUUGUUUACAUUGAUGAAGUGGACAAGAUAACUAAGAAGGCUGAAAGCUUGAAUAUUAGCCGAGAUGUUUCUGGUGAGGGUGUUCAGCAGGCAUUAUUAAAAAUGCUGGAAGGAACUAUAGUAAACGUCCCUGAGAAAGGAGCAAGGAAGCAUCCACGGGGUGAUAACAUACAGAUUGACACAAAGAACAUUCUCUUCAUAUGUGGUGGAGCAUUUAUUGAUCUUGAAAAAACCAUUUCAGAGAGACGGCAAGAUUCUUCAAUUGGUUUUGGGGCACCAAUCCGUGCCAAUAUGAGAGCUAGUGGGGUUACACAUGCUGCAGUAACAUCAUCUUUACUUGAGUCGGUGGAAAGUUCUGAUCUUAUUGCAUAUGGUCUCAUCCCAGAGUUUAUAGGACGGUUUCCAAUCUUAGUUAGCUUAUCAGCUCUAACUGAAGACCAACUCAUGCAGGUCCUCACAGAACCAAAAAAUGCUCUUGCUAAGCAGUACAAGAAAUUAUUUGACAUGAAUGACGUAAAGCUACACUUCACAGAGAAAGCUCUUAGAUUGAUUUCAAAGAAAGCAAUGGCCAAAAAUACUGGUGCCAGGGGUUUAAGAGCUCUACUGGAAAUCAUUUUAACGGAAGCUAUGUUUGAGAUUCCAGAUGUUAAAGCAGGAAAUGAAAUGAUUGAUGCGGUUGUUGUUGAUGAGGAGUCGGUAGGAUCGGUAAAUUUCCUUGGCUGUGGAGGAAAAAUUCUUUGUGGAGAGGGUGCUUUAGAUCGGUACCUAGCUAAGAUGGAGAGUUCAGUGGUUAAUCAUGACGUAGCGGAACCAGACUUACAAGAGGGGGAAUCAGAGAUUUCAUCAAGAGCUAUGGGCAUGUAAUAUUAUAUUUACCACAAAGGUGUAUAAAUUAUUAUUGUCAUUUUUAUCUGUAAAAAUUAUAUUCAUAAUUUGAUGUAAUUAUCCUUUGUAUAACGCUGUAGCUCCUGUUUUAAGUACAUUGAAUAGGAAGGAUAUAGAAAAAUUAUAGCUUGCUAAUUUAGGCAGCACGCCAUCCAAAGUUUCAAAGUAUUUUGAUGAAAAUCUAUUGAGUCUAUUUUUUCAUCUGAUAA